CUCCUCCUCCUCCCCCGAAGUCGCCGGGCUCAGCCCCAGCGCUCGCUCCGCCGCCGGCAGCACCGGCUCGGACGGGAGGCGGCGCGCGGCCCGGAGCUGGGCACGGCCCGCAGGCGCCAUGGACAGCGACGACGAGAUGGUGGAGGAGGCGGUGGAAGGGCACCUGGAUGAUGAUGGAUUGCCACACGGGUUCUGCACGGUCACCUACUCCUCCACGGACAGAUUCGAGGGGAGCUUUGUUCACGGAGAGAAAAAUGGACGGGGCAAGUUCUUCUUCUUUGACGGCAGCACCCUGGAGGGGUAUUAUGUGGACGACGCCCUGCAGGGCCAGGGAGUGUACACUUAUGAGGACGGGGGCGUUCUCCAGGGCACAUAUGUAGACGGAGAGUUGAACGGGCCCGCCCAGGAGUAUGACACGGAUGGGAGAUUGAUCUUCAAGGGGCAAUACAAGGAUAACAUUCGGCAUGGAGUCUGCUGGAUAUACUACCCAGAUGGAGGCAGCCUUGUGGGAGAAGUAAAUGAAGAUGGGGAGAUGACUGGAGAGAAGAUCGCCUAUGUGUAUCCCGAUGAGAGGACUGCACUUUAUGGAAAAUUCAUUGACGGAGAGAUGAUAGAGGGAAAACUGGCUACCCUAAUGUCCACCGAAGAAGGAAGGCCUCACUUUGAGCUGAUGCCUGGAAGCUCCGUGUACCACUUUGAUAAAUCGACUUCAUCUUGCAUUUCUACCAGUGUUCUUCUUCCGGACCCAUAUGAGUCAGAGAGGGUUUAUGUUGCUGAAUCUCUCAUUUCCAGUGCUGGAGAAGGACUGUUUUCAAAGGUAGCGGUGGGACCUAAUACUGUUAUGUCUUUUUAUAACGGAGUCCGAAUCACACACCAAGAGGUUGACAACAGGGACUGGGCCCUUAAUGGAAACACCCUCUCCCUCGAUGAAGAAACGGUCAUUGAUGUGCCUGAGCCCUACAACCACGUGUCCAAGUACUGUGCCUCCUUGGGACACAAGGCAAAUCACUCCUUCACUCCUAACUGCAUCUACGACAUGUUUGUGCACCCUCGUUUCGGGCCCAUCAAGUGCAUCCGCACACUCCGAGCCGUGGAGGCGGACGAGGAGCUCACGGUUGCCUACGGCUAUGACCACAGCCCCCCGGGGAAGAGCGGGCCUGAAGCCCCCGAGUGGUACCAGGUGGAGCUGAAGGCCUUCCAGGCCACCCAGCAGAAGUGAAAGGCUCCGCCCUGGGCUUUGGAGACCCCGACUAGAAACUCGGAUCUAUGCACUACGUUUUCCGACAACGGGACAACCAGGGACUGCUCGUGCUGUGACAUCACAUCCUCUCACUCUGCGUUAGCAACGACUUUCUCUCGCAUACUAACUAGGUUUGACUGUAUUACUCAUGCCAGAUUUAAAAUUAGCUAGCCUCGCAGCAGCGUCCUACCGAGAGGUAUUGUCGAACACUUGACACAGACGGCGUGAUGUUCUUGGGUGGUUCAAGUCUAAAUCUGUACCACGCUCAGAUGCCAAAUGAUUAGACUGAAAAAAAAAAAAAGGGAAAGGGGGCUUUUCGGUCAUUUUUUAGCCGUGGUUUUUCCACGGUGUUCUUUCCCUACGGUCGACGUAAAGUGUGUUUUCACACUUUCGUACGCGCCGUACGGAGGGUAGAGAAUUACUACAUUUUUAUUCUCUAAAUGUAGUAUAAUUCGCCUUUUAACCUUUGAUCUGUAUCUUGCAAUAGAAUGGCUUCGUUUUUUUUUUUUCCCCCAGCGAACAGAACCCCACUUUUCAACCCAUUUCACCCCUCGGUCCCAUUCUCUUAGAUCUGUCUUUUACAAGAGAAGAAAAACUUCCAAAUGGAUUUCGUGUCCGUGCCAGUGUGUAGGUCUCUCUGGCUCUUUCUAUGAUCAUUGUUUCAUUAUUAUGUCCUAAUAUAAAGAACUGGCUCAUAGGGCCGGGGUAUUAUUAUAGAACUAUUAUUCUCGCAUGUAAACAAAGAUACCUUUGCUUUAAGAUGUGAGAAGAGAUGAAUUUACUUUGCGUGCAUUAAGUUAUGGGAGAGUUGUAAUAUAUACUUUUAAGAAAGGAGAGAAGGAAAUUAGUAUUUCUAAGCAGUAACCGUGGCAAUUUUGCAAUAUCUUCAAUUAGUGCUAGUAAUUUCUUCUCCUCGGGUACACACUAAAUGUACAUAACCUAGAGCAGUCUGGCUUGUGGCGCAGUGCAUUGAAUUCAAAAGUCAAAUCGCAAACUAGGAUUCUAACGCAGAAUUGAAAAGUUGGGGUUGGGGGGGUUAAUCGCUACUGUUAGGAGAGACAUACCGAUCACUAGGUGCAAACCAAACCUUACCGCUGCCAACUCUUCAUUAUUGUAAUCUCAAAGCACUAACCUGCUUCAAGGCCUCGUGAAUUAAGAGCAACACCUGUGUAGUUUGCAAGCAACGGUGUCAAUAGCAUUUCAGCCCUUUUGCAAGCCAUGUGUAAUCACAACUGCAAAAAUCAGGAGAAAACCCGUUUUUUUAGUUUAGCUAGUUAGGUGUGUGACGUAUCUGGGAUUGCUCUGAACGGAGUCUGAGAGUCUGGGGCUUCUGUAAGCGCCCUCCCCACGUGCCGUGGCCAUGUCUUCUUCCGAUGCCUUGACAAGGCCGCCGGGAGCUGUGGACAGAGCCAGUUGCUCCCACCCGCAGCUGCCAGGGGUGGCACCUGUCGCCCGAGCCACUUGGGUCUUGAAAGCGAGAGCCUCCCAAGCCGCGGCCGCCGGGGAGCUCUGGCCAAGCGGGGAUCGCUUGCUGGGAGCGAGACCAGUAAGGAAACGGGCAGGCAGGAAGUUUGCUGGUUCUGGGCAGGUACACGUCGAUCUUCGGAAGACUUUAACCAAAGUGCUUGAUCCGGGGCUGCCCCGCUCAGGUGGCCCCUGGGCCCACAGGGCCGCCCUGGAGACCGGGACGGUCUUCCCUCCUUUGCAGGCCCAGGCUUCCCGGAGCCCCUGUCUUCAGCAGCGACCGCCGCACAAGGCCAGGCCAAGGGGUGCAGCCGGGGGGCGGGGGGAGCCCAUGGUUCCCACGUGGGGAGUUGUCAGGGCUGCAGGGGGCACCGGGCGGGGUGUGCGAUGGCCGCGCAGCAGGACAGGAGGGCCUCAUUCUGGAGAGAGAGACGGUCCGUGAACUGUGACGGCGGCCCGGCGGGGCUCGGCUGCUGGCGGGGCUUCCGGUCAAGCGCGUCCCAAGGCGAGCGGCUGAGCGUCUUCAGGAGCAGGACGGCUUCCGGUGGCCCCAGGCCCUUGGCUCGUGAGGCCGGGGCAGGUGGCGCUGCCCCAGCGGCGGGGAUGUUCCUGCCGAGGCUGCGGUGGGGGGUGACUUCCGUCCCGGGGGGUCGCUCUGAUCACCCCACUCGGAUGGAAUCCAUCCGCCUUUCCUUCUUGUCUUUCUUUGGCUACAAGGGAUCUAAGAGUUGUAGGUAGGAGUGAACCAGCCGGUGCGUCUGCAGGUUAGACGGUGAAGGACGGCUCUCGGUCUGAACCCCAGCAGUGUGUGUGACCUUCAGACAAGUCAGAGGAGACAGCCCCCCUGCCCCCGCCUCUCUGUUUGUGCCUUCUGGGCUUUUCUUUCUCCCGCCCCAUCUCUCUGUCCUCUCCCUCUGGGGGUGACAAUGCUGACGUCGUGAUGCCCUCCGCCCCCUCCGUCCCUGGCCUGUGUGGCUCUCCUCCCCAUGUGGACUCGUGCCUCCACCCUGUGUCCCCCCUCACACACUCCCGGGUGGAAGGCCUUGUCACAGACAGGACCCCGGGGUGGGGAGGGGGGACCCCGAGAGUCCCCGCAUCCCGCAGGUAGGUCAGGACAUCGAGGGGCCCGUGAGGUAUCGUGGCGAGGAGGGAAGGGCCUUGUUCACCCUCGCCCGGCAGGGAAGGCCUCGGGGUGUCUCAUGUGACAGCAGCUUUACGUGGUGGCGGAAGGGAAGGGGUCACGAGCCUGGUGACCUGAGCAAGGGCCCUGUGGUAGGGAGUGGAGAGGGAAUGGCUGCCCAGGCCAGCCCUGCGAGCCUCGAUCUUUCCUGAGCAGCUGCCCUGCGACAACACGUUAGCUCGAGUUAGGGUCGGGAAGGGGAAGUCCUCCAUGGGAGCGUGUCCCCAUAGGGACCCUCGGGUGGCUUCUGGGCAGCGAGGGGGAGAGGCCCGCGUUCCUGCCGCAGAGCAGGACGUGGGGAGGCCUGACGUGAAGAGGCCAAGGCGGGGGCCUGAGGUGCGCGGUGGCUGUUCUUCCUUUAACCUUCCUCCUGGUCGCCCUAAGAAAUGAGGCCGGAAAUUCGUUUUUCAAGACCUCUUUGAACCCCAUGGGGCGGGGGGGUGCUUGUGUUAAAUGUACCUGCCCCCCGGGGGUUCUUCACACUUGAAAAAACCAAUUUCCUGGUCACCCACAACCUAGAAGGGCCAACGCGGGGGCCGGUGUAACCACUGAUGACAUGGAACCAUUAAAAUGGCAGGAAGUGUGAGCAGUGAAUUCAAGGGUUGGCUUCUCCGUGAGACAGUACGUGGCACUUUAGAAACUUUCCUUUAAUACGUAAAAUUUUAAGUCACUCACUGCAAAGUGCAUUUAAGAUCUUCCAAGAAGGUAGAUGUUUCCGUUUCGCCUUGUUUUGAAAACCGUUGCCUCAAGUUUGUGUCUUACGAGUAGUGGUUUAGAACCCAGGCCUCUUUUUUCUUUAAAAAAAAAAAAGAAAAAAAAAAAAAACAAGCAAAACUAUGUUGCAAGACUGAUCGUUGUGACGUUUCUUUGCCACAGAUCAAAGGUUCGCAAAAUAAUCUUGAAUUUACAUCUACUUGAGGUCCCUUGACUCGGUGGUUUUCUCUUUGACCUUUCCCUUCUGGAAUUCGGAGCCUUGGUGUCACUUUUUUUUUUUUUUUAAUUUUAAAGAUACUAAAUUCUACUAGUUUUGUUUUGCCAAAUGUGUGCAUACAUAUUCAAAGCAAUGAAACGAUUUCAAGCCAUACAAAUACCACAGGGACGGAAACCCUUUUCACAAAUUUUAAUGUGUUUGUAUGUAAAUAGAUGUUUGUAUGAAAUAUUUUCAUGGUAGAAUGAAUAUAUUUAAAUGAAGUUGAAUUAUUCCAGUGCUAUUUAAACAAAUUAACGAAAUUUUUGGUGAGAACUCUCUGAGUCUAUUGAGAUAUACAAUGCAAGAUCAAUUGUGAUUUUUAAAAAUCAAAAAGCCUACACAUGACUCUGACUCACGGCAACUUCCGUGCGUUGUUGCACCUGACCCGGAGAGAGCUGGUAGGCUUCCCCAGUGCCUCAAGCCGCUUCCUGGUGUAAGUUAGGUGCUCGUGGAGGUGUGUCCACCUUUACGUGACAUCACUCCGGCCUCCGAGGGCCCGCGAGUGAAUCAGAGGCAUUAGAGACACUGGUGCAGUUAUCCAGAGCACAAUUUCUUUGCAGGGCAGCAGAAUCAGAAGCCAGAUGUGGCCGCGUGAACCCGGAGCUGGGUCUGCAGGCCGCCCUCCACCGCCACCCUACUGCCUAGCCACACGUGUCAGGGAGGCUGCCCUCAGUGGAGUUGGGGUUCAGACCCCGGGGUGGAACUUCACGGUCUUGCCAGCAGGCCCUGCCUCCUGACCUCCGCCUCACCCAGAGGAAGGGGGACGGCGCAGCUGGCAAGGGGCCCAUUUCUCAGCACAGUCCAUUUCCUGUCUCAGCUCUGGGAGACUAUGCACCGAAGCACCAAACUUCCAACCAGAGAGAGACGUCCUCGGAUAACGCAGAUCCUUGCUUCCUCUGUCUGUGACUUUACACACUGUUGUUAGAAGUCGUUUUAAUAUCAAGACCAAUCACAUCUCUGGGACAUACCUCCCAACUCUCCUGACUCUUACGUUACUAGAACACUCCUCUAUAAUGGUAUGCAACUUGACUGGGUUGUUUUGGGGCUUUUUGGUUUUUUUUGGGUUUUUUUUUUUUUUUGGUUUGAUUUGGUUUGGUUUUUUUUUUUUCCCCUCUGCUUUGGUCCUGGAUAUAAUGAAAUGAUAAAUAAUGACAAAUUUUCACUGUGUAUACUAGCAAUAUGUACACACAUGCCAAUGUAUCUUAACAUAGCGACUCGGUUACAUUUUGGGUUACUAUUAAUUAACCUCAGUUCUUGUCUUGGGAAACCACAGGGAUGUGUAAUGCCUGCUUAUCAUUGAGGAAAUUAGGUUCGUGGUCUGAGCUCCCUCCUUCAAAAGGUUUCCUCCUGGGUUUUCUAUGUUCUCUUUUUAUCCUGAAAUGCAUUUAUUAGGUUGUGAGGUAUGUUUAAGGAUUGGAACCUAGGGGUGUGCUUUCAGCAUUUAUUGCAACCAAAAGUUAACCCCAUCACAGUUAACAAAAGAUUGGUCUUUCGUGGAAUCUGAACUAAAUCUAUGAGCCUUAUUCAAUAUCUAUGAUUCUAUGAUUUUUUUAAAUUAUGGGAAAUUAAUGAAAGAUGUUUACAUGAAUAAUGUUUGCCCUUACUGUGUUAUGAAUGAGUUUUUUGUAGUGUGUCUGGGUGCAUGUGCAAGAAAGUAGGAAAAAUGUUUCUGAAACAAAACUUGACAAAUAUUUGUAAUGAAAAGUAAAUUUAAAGAUUGCUAUAAUUGCGCUAUAGAAACAAUGCAAGUAUUAAACAAAAUAUACAAUCA